CUUCUUUAAAAGGGGAGGAGUUUGACUACGUGAGCUGACGAGUCCGUAUAAUGAAAGGCUGGGAGUGAAUCUCGUCCACAUACUGGAGCGCGCAAGAGGUUUUGUUCAAGAUGGAUCGGGCGAGAUCAGCAGUAACAAACUUUAUUGGCAGAUACCCUCUUUCUUACACCCGCUUCAGUCUAACACAGCAGACUGAUGGAGAUGCUAGUCAAGUAGAAAUGAAGCUUGCUGAUGAUGAAGAGUGUGGAGACCAAACAAUGGGAGAGCCGGUUGUGAAGCAAAGACCAGAAAACAACUGUAAAAGGAUCUGCAUGAAAAUUCUUUUGGGAUCUUUCUUAAUCUUACUUGGAUUUCUUAUUGGCUAUCUAAGUCACAGAGGUCGUGACUCCUCUAUUCAGUCUAAGAACCCAGAAACCGUGAUAUGCUCUGCUGUAAAUGACUGUAACACAAUACCUCCUAAUGAUGAGGAUGAAACUAAUAUGGAAACGGAAAUGCCCAGCGUGCUCCAUUGGAGUGAUUUGGCACCCAUCUUAAAAUCAAAGAUAGAUAAUCUAUUUCUGAAGAAUAGCAUUGACAAAAUAUCGAAGAUCUCUCGUGAAGCGGGUACCAGAAAUGAAGAGAGUGUAGCCUUAAUGGUGCAUGAAGAGUUUGGGCAGAUGUCCUUGGAUAAAGUGUGGAACGAUGAACAUUAUGUUACGCUACAGGAGCCUGGAAGUUCACCGAAUAAAGUAACACUUUUGAGUGAUAAAGAAGAGAUUUUGCCGCCUUCUGCGUAUGUGGCUUAUAGCCCAGCAGCAACUGUAACUGGAAAACUAGUGUACUGCCAUUACGGCCGUAAGGAAGACUUCAAAGCCAUACAAGAAAAGAAGAUUGAUCUUUCUGAAAAUCUCAUCCUUGUACGUUCUGGAUUAAUCAGCUUUGCUGAAAAGGUUAAAAAUGCAGAACUCCACAAAGCCAAGGGAGUAUUAAUCUAUCCGGAGCCAUCCGACUUGACAUUCCCACUCCGCCAAAGUGGAUUUGUAGAUUCUCCGUUUGGUCAUGCUCAUUAUGGAACUGGGGAUCCAUACACACCUGGUUUUCCAUCUUUCAACCACACACAGUUUCCUCCAUCCAAAUCCUCAGGACUCCCAAGCAUUCCAGUUCAAACUAUUUCUAGUGAAGAUGGCAAGAAACUGCUAGAGAAGCUUGAUGGGGAUAACUGCCCAGAUACGUGGCAAGUUGCAUGUAAACUUGGGCCCCAGAUCAAAGACACACAAAAUAUUAAACUUGAAGUGACGAAUGUUCCGGUUGAAAAGAAGAUCUAUAAUGUUUUUGGUGUUAUUCAAGGCUUUGAACAGUCUGAUCACUAUGUGGUGGUGGGUGCUCAGAGAGAUUCAUGGGGCCCUGGAGUCUCCAAAGCAGCUGUUGGGACUUCUUUACUCUUGGAAUUGGCAAGACUGCUCUCUGAUAUGGUGAAAACAGAUGGGUUUAGACCAAGAAGAAGUAUUGUAUUUGCAAGUUGGGGUGCAGGUGACUUUGGAUCUGUUGGUGCCACAGAAUGGCUAGAGGGUUACUUAAAUAAUCUCCAUCUCAAGGCAUUUUCCUAUAUCAAUCUUGAUUCAGCUAUUCAAGGUUCUGGAACCUUUAAAGUGUCUGCCAGUCCACUAUUGAAUAAGGUGAUACUGCAAACGCUGAAAGAGGUAGCAGAUCCCGUUGAAACAGACUUUACAUUAUAUAAACAAAUUGGAUCUCAAGCUUGGACAAAAAAAAUUGUGCCCUUUUCCAUUGAAGAUUCUGCUUACCCAUUCCUUGCCUACUCUGGAAUCCCUUCAGUUUCCUUCAGUUUUCAAAAGGACAAUAAACCAUAUGCUUAUCUUGGCACUAAAAUGGAUACCCUAGAGAACUUCAAUCAGUUGGUUGACUUGAAUCGUAUGUGCCGGACUGCUGCACACUUUGCUGCUCAAAUAAUAAUACGUUUAACUCAUGAACAGAAGCUGCCACUGGAUUAUAGCAGUUACAAUGAUGUGCUCCUUAAGGUUACUUUUGAUCUUCAACAGCAAUUUAGAGCGAUAAAGGAAUUGAACCUCACCUUGAAAUGGGUUAACUCUGCAAGGGGAGAUUUUUCAAGGGCUGCUGCCUCUCUCACCAAAGAAUUUGCUCACUCUGAUCUUGAAAAUACACUUAUUCUACGCUCGCUAAAUGAUCGUAUUAUGAAGGUUGAACAUGGCAUGCUGUCGCCUUAUGUUUCACCAAAGGAUACACCAUUCCGUCAUAUAAUCUAUGGUUCUGGAAAUCACACAGUAGCUGCUUUGAUGGACCAUCUCAAUCUGCUGAACACCAACAAGGCAGCUUUUGAUGCUGAUCUCUUUAAAAACCAGUUAGCGAUGCUUACAUGGACAUUGCAGGGAGCAGCAAAUUCUCUAGCAGGCGACAUCUGGGAUAUAGACAAUAAUUUCUAACUGUGUAAUGAGUCAAAUAUUUUUUUUUUCUACCCCACCCUUACUUUUCUAAAUUUGGUAUGUUGCACACAGGUAGAUAUUAUUGAUCAACCCAGCUUUUGCAUUUGGGUCCAGUCAUACUAUUGUUUGCAUGACUGCUUGGAUCAGGGUCUGCAAUAGUUAUUUCGGCUUCUGGUGUGUGUAGCCAAGUUGGCCAAUUAUCCAUUUGUGGGAGCAAAUGACCAAUUUGGCUACAGGUCGAAUUUCUAGAUCUACCUGUAUGCACCCCAUGGUUUGUUUUCUUGUUUUUUUUUCCCCCUUGUCAUAAUGAAAGCACUUAUUCAUCCCAGCUUUAGUACCCAAUGUUAAAGCACUUAAUGCAUGCUCCGGAAUCCUAUAUAGGCUUGGAAAAACAUUUAGGGGAAAAAAAAUAGGGAAAGAUAAACUUGUAUAUAAAGUCUUUUGAAGUGCUAAACCUCAUAUAGGUUAGCCCCCCCCCCCCUUACAAAAACAAUUUCUGAACAAAUCAUAAAACCAUUGCGCCUUAACACCUGCUAUAGAUUAAUAGCACUAUACAGGUGCAUCAUAGAUUGCAACAAAAGCAAAAAAAUAUUCCAUCUAAACCUGGCCAACAGUGAUUUGGUAAUUAUCACAUUUAUAUAAAAAGGUAACAUGUUGCACUUAAUAUUUUUUAGAAAUAACUUGGGGGUAACUGGCCCACCAUCUGGAAAUCCCCCCCCCCCCCAAAAGAAAAGUUAUGUAAUAGAACCACAAUACAUACCCUUAAACUGCAAUUGUGGUCAGGAUAUUUGAAUAUACAGCUAACUGUAUUUGUGCAAUUGCAAUUUGUGCAAUUCCGUAAAUCUUUGGAAUAUACAGAGUGCACUUAAUGAAUUUAACCAUGCGGAAAUCUCAGCCAAAUGUUCCACACUCCUUUGCCUUUCAGCAUGGCUCAAGCAUUAUUACCCCAUUAUACUCUGCCUGAGAAUCUGCUGUUUUUAAAAUAUUUAUUCUAGAGUUUUGCCCUUGAAAUAAUGUUUGCUGGCUGCAGGACAUGCCUGUGUUUGUCCAUCCUUUUUGAAAUGACUACUGUUUCCCCACUAUAGCAUUCUUUUUCGUUCAGUAUAUCUUUUAACUUUUUUCAAAAUAUUCAAGAGCCACUUGCAUUGCACAAUUUGGAAUUCCAUUUUAUUUAUUGAAAAAUUCCAAACAAUGGGUAGUAAGGCACCUGAAGACACGUUAACUUGAAUAUAAGGUUUAUUGAAGGAUAAAUCCCAGUGUGCCAGCCCCUUAGACACACAAAUGAUCUGGCCUGAAUCUAUAACACUGCAGAAGUGUUCUGAUUGAUAUAAGACUUGAUGCCAGACAAUUUCAUGUUAUUUUUAGGUUGAAGAUAGAAUGUAGGCAACACUAAAAAGCCAUGUCUGUCCUGCAGCCAGCUUAUUUUGGGCAAAUUGGUUUUGUUCGAAACUUUCGCACUGAAGAAAAGGUUCAAGUUAUUUAUUUAUCAGUGACAGCGAUCACUAUAAAUGCGUUUUCCUGGUAAUUAUCGGAAGCAGUGCCUUCCAUAAUUGACGGUUAUACUGUCGUUUUUGUUUUUUUUACCUAUAUGAAAGCAGCAUCUGCUUAUUUGAUCGAACACGGUACAUGAAUCUCUGCCUGCCGCCCUUGCCUUUCAAACCACUCUACCCUGUCUCCUGUGGAGCGCAAGCUGAAUAACAAAAAAUAGCACACUGCUGAAAAGUCUUCCACUGUCUUAGGCAAUAAAUGUAUUCAUUAUACCAUAAAACCUUCAGACUACAAGAGUUCAAAAACAAAAGUGCAGGCAUACACUUGUAAAGGUAAGCCUUGCUUCUAGCUGGGUUGUAUCUAUUCUUUACAUGAAACAGCCAGAGGCACAGUAGUCCCGGAUUUCAUUAAAAUCGAUAUUAAAUAACAGGUUCGUCAGAAAAGCAACCUUAUAACUCUAGCGUUAUCCUACGUAACUUUUUAUUUUAUUUUAAUAAAAUAUUGUCUCCACAGGGAAAUCUGCUGUUAAACUUUAACUGUAUGAAUUGAGAUCUAGGAGCUAAUAGUACCUUAACUCGGUGGCACCUUGAGAUUGAAUUCAGUCGGUGACUUGUAAUAUCUAUUCAGUAGAUGUGUUUGCGAUAUAAUGGUUGCGGCAGAGAUUCCAGUACCCUGACAUCAUGAAAUCAAGGUGACAUUAUCGGAAGCCGUGUCUUCCAUAAUGGUUUAUAUUUAAAAAAAAAAUGGUAGUUUUUGUCUACCAGUGUGUUAUCGGGGGCAGUGUUCCCUCAUUUUACACUACGGGUGUUCUAAAUUAUCGGGGACAGUGUUUCCCAUAAUUAUUAUUUUUGCUAACAACAUUUAUUAGUAUCUAAUGUAUUUGUGCUGCUGUUUGUGAGCUUGGCUUUAUUUUUGUUUUUGUGUAACUGCCCUGAACACUUUUCUAGUUAGAGGCUGUAUGAGAUUAUAAUGAGGACUGGGGUACUAGAACUGAGACUGACCCACCCAACCAAAUGUACAGUCACCCAGUUCUGCAUAAAUGUGACUUUUAGCCUGUCUUGUGUUAUGCUAUUCUAACCAGAAAAUGCACAACUAUGCUUUAGGAAGCAUUGAUUUGAUUCGGCUUACCAGCACACUGCCCUACCCAAUUAUAAUUAAAAAUGGCAUGAGGGACCCCCCUUGUGAUGACUGUGGGUGCAAGAGGGGUCGUGACUCCAGCCUAAGAAGUGUUCAGAGCAGCGUUAGAAACCUGCCGUAUAAUAAGUACAUUGUAAAUGCAGGAAUGCUGUUGGAAGAAAAUGCAGAAUAAGCUGUAUGGGACGUCUUCUAAAUGUUGGGCCUCUUGCACUCUAUUUUGGUGAUCUGGUUCUGUUUCUUAAAACUUUCUGCUUCCUAUGGGUGUCUGCAAAUGUUAAUUUUUCAUGUUUAUCAAUGUACUAAAUUAGUCAUGUAUAUGCCCUUAAUAGAACGACAAAUGUCAAGUGAAAAUAUCUUGUGUAAUGAAAGGUAUACCCAUGUAAUGCAUGUUUAUAGGUGAAGUAUUAAGGUAGAGAGCUAUAAUAGUGCUGCCACAUCUCCCAAUAUCUUACCUCUGGGGAUCUUCCUGUGCUAAACGUUUGUUAGCUUGGAGGCAUACUAAAUUAUCCUGCACUGUCCCAGGGUGCUACAUACAGGCUUGCAUGAUCAGGAAAAACUCUGCACUCAUCUUCUGCACUGCUGCCUUGGAGCUGGGCUCAUUGGAGAAAUCCUAUAAGGUAUAUAAGGACAAUGGUAGCAGACUGCUGGUGACCUUAGCAAAGCCUUGCUACCUUUUAUAGUACUGAAGACAAUAUUUAGUCGAGGCCUGACCUUUAUAGUUUUUCAAAAGGAGGCAGUUAUAUUAUGGGUGUACCUGUUUGUAAGGGAAUUGUCAUUGAUAUAAACAUGCACGAGACUGUAGUGAAUGCUGGUUUUUUUCCUCUCUUCUAAACCAUUCUGUUUGUCACUAAUACAUUGCAGUUGCCUCCUGCUGGAAUUUCCCAGUCAGACCAGGUUCAUUCUUCCAGUGGAAAAUGCUGGUUUGAGGCAUAGGGAUGCUCCGAAUCCAAAAAAGCAGCAAAUUUGCUGUGGGUACUAUGCAUGCGCCAUUUAGUGUGUGCUGUCAAAUUUCUGGGUGCAAGUAGGAUUCUGUUCAGGAUUCGGUGCAUCCCUACUGAAUAAUAAAUAUUUCAUAGUUUUUCUUAAUUAUAAAUAUAUAUUUGCUAUUGUUUAGUUGAUUUUUUUUUUUUUAUAAUAAUGAGUUCCCCAUUAGCCAUGUGUGUUUAGUUAUAACAUCUGUACUACACUCAGAACCUUUGUGAGUUAUAUCCUUUCCAACACUUGGAUAUGAGGCAAGAAAAGGCAUUCCUGCAUUCUUUUCUACUCUAGCCACACUGUGUAGCCUUUAGCAAUUGUACCUGUUUAAACAUUGAUUAUUCAUUUAUUUUCCUGUUUGUGCAUAAUGGCAUUUGAGGCACUUAUGAUCAAUAAAUUGCUUGAAAUAAAA